UUUCUGCAUCGAAUUUUUCAACUAUUGCAUACUUUCUUACAAAACAAAAGUUGUUUCUUUGUGUUAUUUGUUACUGACUUUGAGUUUGACAAAGUGGUACGCGUUUGAGGUACCGCUACUCUUGCGACAGGUAUAUCUGUUUUAUUCUGGAAGGAAGUAAUCCAUAACCUCAGAGAGAAGACCUAUCUUUUGGAGCCUAUUCAGUACAUGUUCAAAAGUUUGAAUUUUGCAGUUUGUGGUCAUUGAUUGCAGACAUAUUAUGGUUUCUCUUCCGCAAAAUUUCUGGGCAGCCCCUCAUUUUGCUCGUCACCCAGGCUAUAAGCCUCAGUGUAUAUCUCGAAUCACGUGCUUAGCUAGCAGGGACUCCACAUUUUUGCCUUCAGAUUCUGUUAAAGUUAAUGGUGUGUCCUCUAUUGAGGAAAAGGAGAAAAGUAUCCCUGUAGUUGAUGUGCAAAAUGAUCAUUUGGAUAAGAGCAAGGAGGACAUGCGAAACAAGUUGGAACCCCUUUGGGAUGAUGGAUAUGGAACUCAAACUGUUAAGGAUUAUCUUGAGAUAGGAUUGGAGAUUAUUAAGCCCGAUGGAGGUCCUCCGCGGUGGUUUACUCCCAUAUCAGCUGGUCCUCCUUUGCAAGAAUCUCCUCUCCUACUUUUUCUGCCUGGAACGGAUGGCACUGGCAUGGGUCUUGUUUUGCAUGAAAAGGCUCUUGGGAAAGUUUUUCAGGUUUGGUGCUUGCAUAUUCCUGUGUAUGAUCGAACACCGUUUGACGAACUGGUGAAUUUUGUCGAGAGAACUGUGAGGCUGAAGCACGCUUCAUCUCCAAACAAGCCAAUUUAUUUAGUUGGAGAUUCAUUUGGAGGGUGCUUGGCUCUUGCUGUUGCUGCUCAUAACCCUAAGAUUGACCUUGUUCUGAUAUUAGUUAAUCCAGCAACUUCCUUUGGGAAGUCACAGCUCCAACCUCUGCUUCCUCUUCUAGAGUCUUUGCCUGAUGAAAUUCAUGUUAUGGUCCCUUAUCUUAUGAGCUUUAUUAUGGGUGAUCCAAUGAAGAUGGCGAUGGUUAACAUUGAUUCCAUGCUUCCUCCUGGACAAAUUAUUCGACGUCUCUCUGACAACCUCACUAGUUUGCUGGCCUACCUCCCUGGCUUAGCUGAUAUCAUACCGAAGGAAACUCUUCUCUGGAAGUUGAAGCUUCUUAGAUCUGCUUCAUCUUAUUCAAAUUCCCGCCUCCAUGCUGUUAACGCUGAAGUACUUGUGAUUGCUAGUGGCAAGGAUAACAUGUUUCCAAGUGGAGAUGAAGCUCAGAGGCUUGCAAAUUCAUUAAGAAACUGCAAAGUACAAUACUUCAAAGACAAUGCGCAUACUAUUUUAUUGGAAGAUGGUAUUAAUCUGCUAUCCAUCAUCAAAGGUACUAGCAAAUAUCGUCGUAAAAAAAGGCAUGAUCCUGUCAUGGAUUUUCUUCUUCCUACUAUGUCAGAGUUCAAGAACACAAUCCAGGACUAUAGUUGGUAUCUCAAUUUUACUGGUCCUGUUAUGCUGUCCACACUGGAAAAUGGGAAAAUUGUAAGAGGUCUAGCAGGGGUCCCACGUGAAGGCCCUGUAUUGUUGGUCGGUUAUCACAUGCUUAUGGGUUUAGAUUCUAUCCCUCUCGUUCUAGAAUGUUUGAGGCAGAGGAAAAUUUUACUUCGUGGUAUAGCACAUCCGGUAUUGUUUACUCAGCGGACCGAGAGUCGAACUAAUGAAAGCUCAUUCAAUGAUCUGUUGAGACUAUCUGGAUUUAUGCCUGUCAGUGCCAGCAACCUUUUUAAGUUGCUUGCAACAAAGUCACACAUUCUGCUGUAUCCUGGCGGUGCCCGUGAGGCCUUACAUCGUAAGGGAGAAGAGUACAAGGUGAUUUGGCCUGACCAACCAGAAUUCAUCAGAAUGGCAGCAAAAUUUGGUGCGACAAUUGUGCCGUUUGGGGUUGUAGGGGAAGAUGAUAUAGCACAGUUAGUUCUCGACUAUGACGACCUAAAAAAUAUUCCUAUAUUGGGUGAUGGGAUAAGGUAUUAUAACGAACAUGCAGCGAGGAGUGGUUUAACAGUCAGGACGGACAUGGACGAGGAGGUCGCCAACCAAGCACUGUAUCUCCCGGGUGUUUUACCUAAGAUACCGGGUCGGUUUUACUACUUGUUUGGAAAACCUAUUCACACAAAGGGAAGGAAGGACCUGGUGAAAGACAGAGAGAAAGCAAGAGAAUUGUACUUGCAGGUAAAAUCUGAAGUUCAAAAUAACAUGAAUUAUUUGCUUAAGAAAAGAGAGGAGGAUCCUUACCGAAGCGUCAUUGAUCGGACCGUGCAUAAAGCAUUUUCUGCAACGUUUGAUGAUGUCCCAACAUUUGAUUAUUAAGUGACCAGUUAGAAGUUAGAUUUAUUUUUUGGUAAAUGAUGUAUAUGUAUUCAUGGUUCAAUGAUAUGUUGGAUAGAACCAUACAAUCAGCAGAGUCAACGAUUCACAAAUUUUAGUGCUUCUUGAUCCUGUGGGUCAUCAGAUUAAGUACCAUACUUUUUAGAUUAUUGAAUGUUUGAUCCUACUUUA